CCCCGUCCGCUUCCCCUCUCCCCUCCCCCCCCUCCGCGCGUCCUCCGGCCAAGAUGUCUGACAUGGAGGAUGAUUUCAUGUGCGAUGAUGAGGAGGACUACGACCUGGAAUACUCUGAAGACAGUAACUCGGAACCGAAUGUAGAUUUGGAGAAUCAGUACUACAACUCUAAAGCGCUGAAGGAGGAUGACCCCAAAGCAGCGCUCAGCAGCUUCCAGAAGGUUUUGGAGCUUGAGGGUGAAAAGGGAGAAUGGGGAUUCAAAGCAUUGAAACAGAUGAUAAAAAUAAAUUUCAAGCUGACUAACUUUCCUGAAAUGAUGAACAGAUAUAAACAACUAUUGACCUAUAUACGGAGUGCAGUUACAAGGAAUUAUUCUGAAAAGUCCAUCAAUUCUAUUCUCGAUUAUAUCUCCACUUCCAAGCAGAAUUCUGAUUUUUUAUGUCAGAUGGAUUUGCUUCAGGAAUUUUAUGAGACAACGCUUGAAGCUCUCAAAGAUGCUAAGAAUGAUAGGUUAUGGUUUAAGACAAACACAAAGCUCGGCAAACUGUAUUUAGAACGAGAAGAGUAUGGGAAGCUGCAGAAAAUCUUGCGCCAGCUCCACCAGUCGUGUCAGACCGACGAUGGAGAGGAUGACCUUAAAAAGGGCACCCAGCUAUUGGAAAUAUAUGCAUUGGAAAUUCAAAUGUAUACAGCACAGAAAAAUAACAAAAAACUUAAAGCACUAUAUGAACAAUCGUUGCACAUCAAGUCUGCUAUCCCUCAUCCGCUAAUCAUGGGGGUCAUCAGAGAAUGUGGCGGUAAAAUGCACCUAAGAGAAGGUGAAUUUGAAAAGGCACACACUGAUUUCUUUGAAGCUUUCAAGAACUACGAUGAAUCAGGGAGUCCUAGAAGAACUACUUGCUUAAAAUAUUUGGUCUUAGCAAACAUGCUGAUGAAGUCUGGAAUAAAUCCGUUUGACUCUCAGGAGGCAAAACCAUACAAAAACGAUCCAGAGAUUCUAGCAAUGACAAAUUUAGUAAGUGCCUACCAGAAUAACGACAUUACUGAAUUUGAGAAGAUUCUGAAGACAAAUCACAGUAACAUCAUGGACGAUCCCUUCAUAAGGGAGCACAUUGAAGAACUUUUGCGAAACAUCCGAACACAAGUGCUUAUAAAAUUAAUUAAGCCUUACACAAGAAUACAUAUUCCUUUUAUUUCUAAGGAGUUAAACAUAGAUGUAGCUGAUGUGGAAAGCUUGCUUGUGCAGUGUAUACUGGAUAACACUAUUCAUGGCCGAAUCGAUCAAGUUAAUCAACUCCUUGAGCUGGAUCAUCAGAAAAGGGGUGGAGCACGGUAUACCGCUUUAGAUAAAUGGACCAACCAACUAAAUUCUCUCAACCAGGCUGUAGUCAGUAAACUGGCUUAAAAAAACCGAG